UCUUUGUGGAAGGGGGUGUUAGCGGAGUAUCUUGUCAAACUAACAAGUGUUUUGAGUCACUGUGCCGCUUUUAGUCUGUGAGCUUUCCACUUUUUCAAGUGACUUCAGUUUCGACUCGUAGUUGUACGUUUUUUUUCUACAAAUAUAAGACGACCAACCUGGACUAUGAGUGUUGGAAUACCUGUAACACUUUCCCCGCACGACGUCGUGUGAUUUUGGCCUCUAUUUAUUUAUUUUUGCUCGUAUGUUGGAAUUUGGCUGCUGUGGUCGACAUGAAAUUGGAUUGUGGAAAAUAGACGUAUUGCCUGGAGUCACUUUAACCUGCAUACCGGUUUGUGUGCUGGUUCCCAUUUGUAGACCCAGCGGACCUACGAGGGCGAACCAUCACAACAUGGCAAAGACUCCUUGGUCCAAAGGCACGGAGUGUGUGGCCAGAUUCAACUUCAAAGGCUCGUUGGAGCACCACCUCCCUUUCAGCCAAGGAGAUGUGUUGACUAUCGUUGCAGCCACGGAGGAUCCACAUUGGUAUCUCGCCACAAACGUGGCAGGACGGGAAGGAACCAUUCCCGCCAGUCGUGUGCAGAAAUAUGAGCGUGUGGAAUCUGAUGGCAAGCUGAAUCUGAUGCCGUGGUUUCACGGCAAAAUAACACGGUCCCAAGCUCAGCACUUGCUCUGCCCCCCAGAGAUGGGCCUCUUCCUGGUGAGGGAGAGCACCAACCACCCAGGAGACUACACGCUGUGUUUGAGCACCAAUGACAAAGUGGAGCACUACCACAUCAAGUACUUCCAUGGCAAGCUCACCAUCGAUGAAGACGUCUACUUUGACAACCUCAUCCAGCUGGUUGAGCACUACAAGAACAAAGCUGAUGGUCUGUGCACCAUUCUAAACAAGCCAAAGUUGAAGCAAGAGACCGUAGCAGUCCAAGAUGAGUUUUUGAGAGGUGGCUGGGUGAUGAACAGAAAGCAUCUCAAAUUACAAAAGGUCAUUGGAAGAGGAGAGUUUGGAGAAGUAAUGUUGGCUGACUACAAAGGGAUCAAAGUAGCUGUGAAGUGCAUUAAAAAUGAUGCCACCGCACAGGCCUUUAUUGCAGAGGCUUCUGUCAUGAUGAAACUGUGUCACCAUAACUUGGUGAAGCUGCAUGGAGUGAUCACAGAGGAUGACGGCAGUUUAUUCAUCAUCACUGAAUUCAUGACAAAGGGCACCUUAGUGGACUACCUACGUUCUAGAGGGCGGACUGUACUCGGUGAAGUUGCUCUCCUUAAUUUUUCACUAAAUGUGUGUGACGCCAUGGUGUAUUUGGAGGCCAAUCAUUUCGUCCACCGCGAUCUUGCAGCCCGAAAUGUUCUUUUGUCAGAGGACCAUGUGGCUAAAGUCAGUGACUUUGGUUUGACCAAGAAGGCGUCUUCCGUUCAGGAUGCUGACAAGCUGCCUGUGAAGUGGACGUCACCAGAGGCCCUCAGAGAAAAGAAAUUCUCCACCAAAUCAGAUGUUUGGAGUUACGGUGUUUUACUUUGGGAGAUUUACUCUUUUGGUCGAAUGCCUUACCCCAAAGUUAAAUUAAAAGAGGUGGGGGCUUUGCUGGAGCGAGGAUACCGGAUGCCCCCCCCAGAUGGGUGUCCUACAGCUGUCUAUGACAUCAUGACGAGAUGCUGGGAACUGGAUCCCGCUCGUCGCCCCACUUUUGACCAGUUGAAGGCGUGGCUACUAAACACCUGCCAGGGCGUACGCAAAAGAUGCACCCAGCUGUGACUACACAUGAACCAGACAAGUCGAUUUGAGGACAUCCACGACGUUCACAACAUGUCCUUAUGUUGCUUUAACUUUACCUUCGCUCUCAAUGUCGGAGCCUUUUAGUGGAACCCAGCAUUGACCGUGACAUUUGGCAACGCUGCAGCUUCGUGUUUGACUUCAUCAUUUCUCUACGUUUUCAACCUGCAUUGAUUCCUUCUGAAGAUGAAUUGUGCUUUAGAGACAAGAGCCAGUAUGACAUCAAGGUGGGACCCCCCGGGACCCCCGGGACCCCCCCAGACAGUCGUUGACAUUCACUGCCCUGCAAAUGUGCAUAUAUGUAUUUGGCCUAAUAAAUCAUUUGUAUAUAAUAAUAUAUAUGUAUAUAAAUUCUUCUUUCUCUUUGGCCUUAGCCUUGGCCUCCAUCCAACCCCAUCUUCUGCAUCCGUCUCUCUCACACCAACUACCC